AGAAGAAGCUCAAGCAAACACAAACAAAGGAGGAAUAAAAGAAGCAAGGGAGCCGUUUCAAAGACAUAUCCCACCCAGUACUACUACUACUACUUCUCUCGAUGUGCUAGGCUAACCUAUAUUUUUUCCAACUGCAUAGUACUACUACUCCUAGAAUGAUGGAUGAAGAUACAGUUCGUUGUAGGAAAUGUCGCAAAGUACUUCUUGCUGAUCUUGAAGGUCUUCAAAAUGCCCAUGGCCAAAAACACCAAGGAGGUAAAGCGGGAACUGAGAGCACAGAGUGUACGCUGUUGAGUGAAAAAAGUUGUCUUUACAUUUCAGAGGAUUCAUAUCCACAGUUCGUAACAGAUGCCCUAGACAUGUCAUCUUGGACAAAGGGUAAACUCAACUGUCCUGGUUGCCAAGCUCGAAUAGGUUCAUUUAAUUACAUAUCAGGGAGUCACUGUACUUGUGGUAAUAAUAUUGUUCCUCAAGUUCAUCUACUGGUAUCUAAGGUUGAUGUUAGGCAGGCCAGGGAGGCCCUACCCAGUCCCAUAUCAUACCCUGACUGCCCAGUAGCUCUCACUGAUGCAGAUAUUAAAACUUUCCCACUAAUAGGAGCUUCAAAACAAGUAUCUAUCAGUGAGUGUGAUUCUAAUGCCUCCACACCAUCUCCAGUUCUUCACCAACUCUGUGAUGAAGAAACCCCUAGCACAGCUUCAGACCCAGAUGAUAUGCAACUAAGGGAAAGCAUUGAAAGCAUACCCUUCCCAUCAUCUGCUGCUCAUCAAAAUGAGUCAACAAGAAAGAAAAUUCGGAGACUGGCAAGGCACAGGGAAGUGCAGAAACAGACCACAAGUACUGAAAGUGACCUUCAAUUAUUACAGUCUAGUAGUAAAUCCUCUAACUUUUGUGCGUUAGCACCAUCUGACAAGGAGACUUCAGAUGACGAUGAAAGAACCAAAUGGUUUGAGGACAUUCCCCCACACCUCACUUGUUCAAUUUGGCAGCUGAAGUCCGUGAAAAAUUUCUUGACUUGCAUCAAGAAAGACACAAAUUUGAACAAACACAUAACAUACAACAUAUUCCUCUACCCUGGAUUAGAAAUUUCAGGUGGUUUCAGUCUAGUUGACCAUAGUUAUGCUGCUUCAUUCACCAAACUGGUAGAUAACAUACUAGUUUAUAUGGCUGGGUGGGUAGUGAGGAAAGUUAUGACAAAACUUUCCUGUGAUGUCUGCCGUGCUUGCAUUGUAAGCGAAGCUUUACCAUCCACCAAUGAUGAAAGUUACCAUCUUCUGCAAAUAAAGAAUAGGGGUGAUUUUGUCAUACCCUCUGCAGGUACAGUCAAAGUUGUUCGUGUGGCAGAGAAAUGCAUUCGUCAAGGUCCUAGUGUCACAUCUGCUGCCCACUCUGUCACACUGUUGCAAGUCUUCAGAGCUGUUUGA